GUUAGUGUUGCAGCAGGUCACAUAGAGGGCUGGAAGCAAUGUGGCCACUGGCCAGAUGGACAAUAAUAAAAUAGCCUACACUCACAGUCAAAGUCAAUUAGACCCUAUUCAAACGGAUUAAUUUUUUUACACUCGGGUGAAACUGGACUCUUUUGAGUUUAUGCCCUUUGAACUUGUUGCAGGACCUGAUUGUGACCACAGGACAGGACGCCCGGCGCUCGUCAACGUGUAAUUGCUACACUUACCGCGGCUGGAGAUAGACGGUAAAGCGAUACAAGUAUCGCUUUUUCGGUCAGUUAUUUAGUUUUAUGGUUUUGAAAUACAUCGCAACUGAUUGAAUAAUUUAUUCACAACAGUGUCAUGCCUGGGACGUCUAGCCAACUGUGACUUUACUUGCGAGAGAAGAGAAGAUAAUGUGUGUUUGGUCGCAGCUGGUCUCGUUGAGUGGAUGGGUCUGUGUGGAGAGACGCUGCGUUGCUCUCUCUGCUGGAGAGCACUGACCAAGGCGACAGUAACGUGACAGUGCGCAUGUAAGAAAGCUCUCUCUACCUCCAACAAGUCUAAGUGAUAAAUGCUCAUAUCUAGCCACAGCAUGGACGGGCUGCAGACGGAGAACACUGGACUCAACAGCAUCAACAACGAGAACACAGAGGAACAGUACCGGGCUCUAGCCUACGACACCGCGCUCAGCACUCUGGUGGCCGUGGUGUUUUACGUGGUGGUCAAAGUGAGCCUGGACGGGAUCAGGCAAUGGCGGGCCCGGAUCUCGGUUCUAAUAGUGGGCUCGGGUCCCGUGGGGCUAACGGCCGCGCUAGUCGCUGUUCGCUCGGGGAAGGUGCUGAAGCUCACGCUGCUAGAUGAGAGGUACCGCACGGCGCUGCUCUGCCGCCCCCAGCAGAUUGCCCUGGACCCGCGCAGUGUGGAGUUCCUGCUCGAACUGGGGGUGGACUUUGAUAACAUGGAGGGCUGCUGGCACAACGAGCACUUCUUCACGAAGAUAGGAGUGUUUCAAGAGUACCUGCUCAGCAUUCUGGAGCAGAAGAGACAGAAGGUGGAAAUCAAGGUUCAGCUGGGAACGAAGUUCACAGAGGAGUACCUGCGGAAGAUACCGGGAUCUGAUUGGCCGCGUGUGAUCGUGGUGGCUGAUGGGUCGUGUGGAGACUCAUGCUCUGUGCUGGGUAUCAGCUCUGACUACACUGUAGAGUCCUGCCACGCUUACGGGGCUAAUGCCACUAUAGAGAGACUGGACCAGAGACAGGUGCCCACCCCAGAGAUCCGAGCCCACAGCCUGUUCUUCGACUUGUCUGCGUGA